UUGCUCCUCUACACAUCAAUAGGACACCGUUUGAAAGCGAAGACAGGCGCAAAAUGAGAAGAAAGAGCAAAUUAUCCGCUAGGAGAGAGCUGCCACAUAGCUAGAGUGGUUGGUAGCCAGAUAAGAAGUGUAACUCCAAGUGCUAUUUACUCUGGUACGUGUAGCCCAAGGACGUACGGGGAAAGCAAACACGGGGCGAGACUAGGGACGAGGUGCGGGAUUUGGAUGGCAUCUACCGAGGGCAGGGAUGGGUUUCUGAAAGCCUAAAAGAUACGAGCUGGGGAUACGCCUGGCUAUCAUGUCUUGACGACAGAACGCUAAUUAUCCGCGGAUAAACUGCAGCGGCGCAUCAGAAAUAAAGGCCUCCUCUGAUGGAGCACCGUGCGCUUUAAUCCAUCCAGAAACCUCCCUGACAGGCAGCGACGAGCUACGGCGAGGGGUGAGGUAUCGAAGUAAUCAGAGGAAAACCCACUUAGCUACAUGUUGACUCGAUAUGUAUCAAAGCUAAUCCUGUGAGAUUGCUGAUAUUUCCCCCCUUUUGCUGCUGCGGAGAAUGGCUCAGUUUAAAUAUCGCCGAGCAGCUGUGAUAACGUUUGUUCCAGUCCUCCGGGUUUUGUUCCUCUCUUUUUUUGUUCAACAGGACGGCUUUUUCGCAACUGAAGGAAUUUAUGGGAUCACAAGUUUCCUCUGAUGAGAUGAGUGUGCGUGCUGGCCAGGGCAGUGAUGAGGUGCUGGUUUCGCAGGCGGUGUGGGAUUACCUGGCUGCAGCUGGGCGGCCCUGGCUCAUUGACUUCCAGAGAAAGCAGGGGAUGAGCGCUGGUAUCAUUAGGCGAGGAGAGAGGGGGGGUUGCUGUGCCGUGAGGCUGCAACCGGUAGAAGGCUUCAGGAAUGCUGGAGCUGGGAUGAUGGAUGGACCCAUCUCCAGCGAGACACGAAAAGCCUUCAUUGACUUAUGCCGCUGUGCCCGCAAAGAAAUGAGCAAACAGGAGGGGGGAUCUAAGAGAAAGAGGGCUCUGCUGCCCUGUGUGGGAGUCCUGGAGCCAAACGGAGAAGGGAGCCUGCUUCAGCCUCCACCUCCCCAGCCUCGUCGCUCCCAGAGACAGCAGCAGAGGUUUAGGAAGCCUGCUGAUGAGGAUGCCUGUUCCUUGUUCCAUGAAGCACCCCAAAGGAAGGAUGGUGACUCCAGCAUGGCUACCCACAGUGAGGUGGAGGACAACAAUACCUGUUCAAUCUGCAUGGGGGACAUAGUGGAGAAGACUACCCUGGAGAGGUGUGGCCAUUCAUUCUGUUGCUCUUGCCUAGAUCAGGCAUUUAAGGUCAAGAAAGCGUGUCCUGUGUGUCGGUUAGUGUAUGGCCAGCUGAUUGGAAACCAGCCUGCCAAUGGUACAAUGAUUGUAGAGCGAGACCCUGAUCUGGAGCUUCCUGGCCAUGAAGGCUAUGGGUGUAUCUGCAUCAUCUACAGCUUCCCUCCUGGCCUACAGGCGCCUGAACACCCAAACCCAGGUGUUCGGUACCCAGGAACAGACCGUGUGGCCUACCUCCCUGACAGCCCUGAGGGGAACCGCGUGCUGGGCCUGCUGCGCCGGGCCUUUGAACAGCGCCUUAUCUUCACCAUCGGUACCUCCAUGACUACAGGCAUGCAAAAUGUCAUCACCUGGAAUGACAUUCACCACAAGACCUCACUUUGGGGCGGGCCCCGCUGUUUUGGAUACCCAGACCCCACUUACCUGGUGCGAGUGACAGAGGAGCUCAGAGAGAAAGGGAUCACAGCAGAUUGACAGCACGAAAAUGUCAGACUCUUCCAGGACUUUGUGAGACUUUCUGAGUUUCCUUCUGGUGGACAUGACUUGGCUCCAAGUUGUGCUCUGAGACUGCUUAUUUCUUAAAGGAUGACUGAAGACGAGGUCCUCAGCAGGCAGGCGUUUAAUGCUGCAGCAGAGCCCACACCACUCCACUAGUUGUUCCUCUGUUUGUUCAUUUGCCCUCAAGAGUUCAGCUUAACCCAGUGCUACAUGUGGAAGAAAAAAACUUUUUUAGCUGUGUCCAAUUCAGGGGGUGAAUCCUUCGAAGGCUGCAUUUGAAGACCAGUUGUGUACAGUGUUGCGUCAAGGGCUUCCCAUUCCGAAGGCUCCUUCAAAUAUGGCUGAGAAAUGCAUCCUUCUUUACCUGGGCAAGGAAGGUUCCAACUGGUUAAACCUUUGCGGCUCACCCAAGAUUCUUUGCAGCAGAGCAGCUGUCAAGGUUGCUAGGUGACAGGAGUGGGACUUCUUAAUGCAAUGGUAAAAGGAGGCCCAUGGUCCAACCUUCACGGUCUGUGACACGGCUACAUAGUCCACACCUUCGUAGACUGCGCCUUUUGAAGGAUGUGGCCCCUGAAUUGAGAGACAGCUUUGGAGUACAGUGCAUUCUUGUAUCCUCCACCUGUCACUGUUGGCAGUAGGACCGAUGCACUUAUUGUAUUGAAAAGCAUCACGGCGUAUUGGAAUUCAUGGUCUGUAGACAUUAUUUAGAAAAUCUAAGUUUAUUCUUAUAAAACAGUUUAUGUUAUAUCAAUGUUUAUUUCUACUCUGGGGAUUACAUGAUUUUUUUUUUUUUUGCAGGUAUGCACAGUCUUUGUUUCAUUUCCCCAGUAGGGCUGGAUGACAUAAACGAUAUAUAUGCUUGUCGCAGUAUAAAAUUUAAACGAUGAAAAAAAUGACAAACUUUGAUAAACUGUCGAUAUGGGACAUCGCUUGAUAGCACACAUCAGCCUAUCACUUCACGGGAAAGAAGAAAUAACAACCCGAAUUAUAUCGUGAUAAUUAUAAAUAGAAUGAUGCAAAAAAAAUUAUCAUGACAAAAUAUUUUGCUAUGUCACCCAGCCCUACUUCCAAGAAAUGCUUAAGUUUCUAAUUUGAUUUAUACUAAUUACCUGUUAUAAGGAUUGUACGGCAGAAUAGCGCUGCUUGAAUAGAAAGAAUUUUCUGAAUUUAUUGCAAUCUCAAGCACUCAUAGGCACUUUGGUAAGGCAGUCAGUUAAGUCGGUGUUCGUUGUUUUUAUUUCCUCUGUGUGGAAGAGUGCUUGGAGCGAAGAGGAUUGUCUAGUCAUUGGCUGUAAGCUUAGUGGCUACAAGUUGAUGUCAUUUGCUUAGAGGUCUUCAUUUAACCCCACAAUUUUUGCUAAAAAGAAAGAAUGUUAAACAGUGUCUUAUUGCAGCACCUUUUAUUUCUGUAUAUGCAUUUAGACUUUCUUCAUCAGUCACUCUUGUCAUUUCAAGAUGUCUCCCAUUACCUAUUACCUCAGUUGUUAGCAAUGUCCUCAUUUAAUUACCAGAUUUAAGAUGAUGUCAACUAUAAGGGCAUAUAGACCACAUAAACCAAAUCAUAGGCACAACAGCUCUUUAAAUAUCUAUGCCUCUGUACCUGUCAAACUGGGAGAUUUGCCUGCAAGUGUUCUCGUUAAAAAUGAGGUUACUGUUGUAAAUUUGUUCAUAUGAACAGGCAAUUAAAUAUACAGCGAAAAAUAAAAUGUUGUGGGAACAAUUGAUCAGAUUUAGGAUGGGUGGGAUACUGAUCUCAUUUUGUUGUGCCUUUCUUAUAUUCACUUUUGAUAAAAAUCAAGCACCAUGUUACUAACGAACAGUAAGCAGUUUCGGCAUAUUGCAGUGUUAUCUGAUAGGUCGGCAUCAUUAUGUUUGUAUCUAUGCUAUCUGGCUUUAAGUACAAAUAUUAUGCGGUUCAUGAAAAUGUUUAUUAUUGUGUGUUAAAUUUAACUUCUCCUUCAAAAACGUUCUUGUAGUCCAAAUGUUUAAAAAAAAAGCCUCAGAACUGAUAAAGCUGAAUGGGUGAAAGUACUUUGCUGAGUGCAGUAACAUGCUUGGCUACUGGUACAUUUGUCAUUAAUUUGGUUACAUCUUUUAUUAGGUUUUCAUCCUGUGUGCAUUUUAGUUAAGCGACCAACUGGAAUAUUUUGGGACACAGGAUUGUAGUUUACUUAAGCUACUGUGCAAACAUUUCUAUGCAUUACAUGGACAAGGAAGAGCCAGAAGAAUGGGGAGUAACGAGACCACACAUCACAAAUUGAUUGUUAAGGGAGAGUAGGAGUUUUGCUUUUCUAAUUGUGUUGAUCCGUACUUUGUUCACAUGUGCUUUACAUUUUAAUACUUGAAUAAAAAGUUAUGUUUGGGUUUGUGUUGGAUAUUCAUUGUAGGUCCUCAAUAAACCAGGUAGAUUAUAAGUAACAGCAUAUAAAAUGUGUCCAUUU